AUGGGCUUCCUCUCUUCCAAAACCCUGAUCAAGGCACACGCCGUUUUCCUUUUCACCCUCGCCGUCUACCUCACCAAAUCCCCCGAAGUUAUCACGGAAAGCGAUGUGGUCUUCAUGCUAGGGGAAUUCCUACAUUUGGAUUCCCGCCCAUCCCCGAACUUCUCGCGUCCGCAAUCCCCUUUCGCAAUGUGCGGCAUCCUCCUCGUCGCCGACGCCUUAAUAGACUUGAUCCUCGUAACCAAGAUCCCACAUAUAAACGAGAUUCUGGCCAUGGCCGAGGCCGCCAGAUCGGAGGCUCCUGGAGCUAGUAAGCCAGAUGCUUGGGGGAUUGCUCAGUCAGCUGGCCCUACGGCGUUUGAUGAGCUUUCUGGCUUGGAGAAUCUGAAGAAUAGGGUUGUCUUCACGUAUGGGUUCAUGGAAAUGAUGUUUUGGUUCUGGAUCUUCAUCACGCUGCGUGAAGAGAGGCAGGAGGUUGCGGUGCGGUUUGCGGAGCGCGAACGAGACUCAUAG